AUGCUUUGUGCAGCGGUUAUACCCGGAAUACUAGCGUUGUUGAGAGUCUGGGGUGAUAUGGUAGCAAUGGCAGACAAUAUGCAAAUCGGUCUGCCAUUCUCAGUGACCGUCUUGAAAUUUAUCAUAAUGUGGUUUCAUAAAAAAGAUCUUGAACCGGUCAUAAAUAUGAUCGUAAAAGAUUGGCUCAGGACAAAAACAGUGCAAGAACGAGACACUAUGAUAAAACAAGCGAGAAUUGCAAGAAUAAUGGUCAUGUUCGGAUGUACCAUGAUGACCUUAGCGUGCAUUAUUCUCAUCAUUCCUCCCUGCUUUGGAUAUACUACAAGAUAUUUGACGAAUCUGACAGACCCGGGAAGACCCAUGCUAGUGCAAACAUAUUAUUUACGAGACAUAACGGAGACCCCAUUAUACGAAAUUGUGAUCUCCGCCCAAGCUAUAUCGAUCUUAAUGGCCGCGAUUUCUUAUACGGGCAUCGAUACUUUUUUGUGUUUGCUUGUGUUUCACAUAUGUGCCCAAAUGGAAAUUCUCAAAGAACGAUUUCUCAGUUUGAACAACUUCAAAGACUUCGAUAUCGGAUUAUCCUUCAAUAUCAAGGAUCAUCUUCGUCUCAUUAGGUUGUAUUAA